AUGAUUAAUCAAUUUUUAAGAAAUAUCAAAUUGCUUUAGAAUGUAAAGUAAUUGGUGUUAGGCAAUCCAACAGCUGACAUGGAUUCGUGUGUUGGAUCAAUUCUUUUAGCCUAUCAUAUGACAUAAUUUAAUAUCCCAACAGCACCAAUCAUUAAUUAUAAUAGACAAUCAUUUGGAUCUCAUUUUGAGACAAUUGAAUUAUUCAAUGUUGAUGAUUUGAUAUUUAUUAAUGAUGUGGAUUUAAAUUAAUAUGAUUUAAUUCUUUAUGAUCAUAAUGAUAUCAAAUAUACAAAUAAUCAAAUAGGUUGUAUCGAUCAUCAUGAGGAUAAAGGAUAGUAAUUUAGUCAAUUUAAAAAGAUAGAAAAAGUAGGUUCUGCAGUAACAUUGGUGGCAGAAUAUAUGUAAUUAGACAAGAAUUAUAAAUGUAAAUAAGAAAUUGUAGAAAUAUCCUAAUUGAUAAUGAAGACAAUAUUGAUAGAUACAUUCAAUUUUCAAUAAAAUCAAUAUCAAAUUAGAUGGGUGGAUAAAGAUAAAUAAAUUUUUGAUUUAUGCCAUUCAUUCUAUCCAUAAUUUAAUGCUUAAAUAGAGUAUUAACAUCUUACAGAUUUGAAAUAUGAUGUCAAAUUGAAUUUGCAACUCUCCCUCUCUUAACAAUUACUCAAAGAUUAUAAAAAGUUUUAUACUGUUGGAUAUUGUGUGAUUUUUAUCAAAUUAUAAGACUUAUUGUAGAAAUAUAAUGAAAUUUAAUUAAUCAAUGAAUUCAAUGAAUUUAUGAUAAGAGAAGAAUGUAAGACUCUGAUUGUUUUUUUUAUUCAUUAAGAAAAUGAGUAUAUAUAGAGAAGUAUGAUGAUAUAUGGAGAAAAUUAAUUAUAAAUAAUUAAGUAAUUAUCUAAAUUAAAAUUUGAAUAAUAACAAAGCCCUAUUGGCAAUUCAUUAUUACUCAAAGAUAUAGAUAAUGUUUAUAGCAGGAAAAUAAUUGA